AUGGCGACAUGGCUACCGGCAUCCAACAGCACUUAUCAUCACCGCCCUUCAGAUGAUGAUUAUUCGCAUAAAAUGCACAAUGGCUUGUUGAAAGCGCAUCCUCCUCAUCCUCCAUCGCGACCGCAUACUCCCAAUUUCUCGUCGGCCAAAUUGCGUACCCUCAAUGGUAGCGCACCCCAGUCCGCCCCGGAUCCUGAGCCACCAGUUGAGGAGGAUCCCCAAGUUCUCAAGUUCAGAGCCAUCUAUGAAGAGACACAAGCAAAGAUUGCAUCACUCUUCACCAGUACUGGUGAUCUGAUCGUGUCUGGGAAGCGCAAACUGCCCGAGUCCUUUGAUCCUGCCGAGUCUGCUGCCCAGAUCCCUGAUGUCGUUGCGCCCGAAGUUCAAACUCAAUCGCAACCUCAAACCUCCAUACCACUAUCAAAGAAAAGGAAAUUGGACGACGACUAUGACGAUUACGAUGACGAGGACGACGACGAGGACGACGCUGCCGCCUCACCACUCAAGGGAAAGUCCAACAAGGUCUUGAUAGUCUCCGACCCCAACCGUCACGCAACCCCUGUACCUCGUCCGAUCCCUCCCUCUCGGCCUGCCUCGGAAGCUUCGAAGGCUGAAAGUGCGAAGCAGAAGCAAGAGAAACCAGAAGAUGCGCGCAAGAAGCUGGAAGAGGCCAAGCGCCUCGAGACUGAAACUGUCAAGGACAUGUCUCGCCAAUAUUUCUUUACCCUGGAGAACGAUCGGGAUGCUAUGCUCGACCAACAGCGGCUGGACGAAGCUGAGAGACGCGCUGAGGCAGAAGCAGAGGGCAAUGCAAAUCGCGCCAGUGUUGUACCUCAGCAGGGCAGUCUUUCCAGCGCCAACUUGGGCGCAAGCAGUCUAACCCUCAAGAACCUGAUCGCUCGUAUCGACAUGUACCGCUCUGAAGUCCAAGCCAGCGAAUCUGAACUACGCGCUUUGAUGAGCGAAGUCCGCAAGAACAGGAGCAAGUGGGCCAGCGAGGAGAAAGUCGGACAGGAAGAGCUGUACGAAGCUGCUGAGAAAGUGCUCAAUGAAAUGAAAGCCCAGACCGAACAUAGUGGUCCAUUCUUGCAACCUGUGAAGAAGAAAGACGCUCCGGAUUACCAUGCCGUUGUCAAGCUACCCAUGGAUUUGGGCACCAUGACCAAGAAGCUCAAACAGAUCAGCUACAGGUCUAAGCAGGAUUUUGUCGACGAUCUCCAUCUAAUCUGGACCAACUGCCUGAAGUACAACAGUGCCCCCGACCAUCCUAUGCGCAAACAUGCCCUCUUCAUGCGUAAAGAGACUGACAAGCUUGUGCCCCUUAUACCUGAAAUCGUGAUCAAGGAUCGUGCAGAGAUAGAAGCCGAGGAGCGCAAGCAAAGGAUAGCAAACGGCGAGCUUGACGACAACGUCGAGGACUCCGACGACGAUCAGCCGAUCAUGGCUUCUCGAGGAAGGACUGCACCUGGAAAGAAGCCAAUGAAUAGCAGUAAAGCUCCUAGUGCCAGUAGGAAGACAGUCCAUGGACAAGACUCGACACCUGCUCCGGAGACGAAGCCUUCCUUGUCUCAAUCGAAUCCAACCAUGAAUGGCAUGCGUGCCGACAGCGAAGCUGAUGUUGGAAGUCAGGGUCACAGUACACCGCCACCAGGAACUUUGACGCCUACAGGCCUGGAAAGAGGUGCCGGUUCCGUUAUCGAUGCCGCCAGUGAGGUGCCUGAUUCUGAGAUUCCUGGCUUGCCCUUUGCUGGUACACCUCCUGAAGUUGAAGACGAAGAUUACAGCUUAUGGAAGCAAAAGACCAAGAAAGAUCGAGCCACAAUCGCUGCCGCCAGACACAGGCUUUUCCGAGGUGACAAGCUCAACACCGAUGAGGAAGCUUUAUUGCGCAGUAAAGCUGGUAUGCGCCGUUGGCAAAGGCUUCAGCAGAACUCACUCUCUGCUCCUGGUUUUGACUCCGAGGAGGGUAACCAGCAACCUCAAACUGGACCUACAUUAGCCGAGGGACUCGAACCAGAAGAGGAAUCAGUGUUACCGGACUACUACGAUCCAUUGUCUGCUAUUCCCGACCUCAACCCUAGCUUACGCUGGGAGACUGAUGCAGAAGGACAAUUGAUCGAUCAGAAUGAAGAGAAUCUUCGUCUCUUUCCUGCAGGUCAAUUUACUGCGCCCCAGUCACGAUUUUCGCAAAAAAUGUACGAGAAUAUGCGUCAGAUCCAAGAGACACGCAAAGUAGUAAGCAAAAUCGGCAUAGUCAAGCAAAUGCAGUUGCAGGCUCAAGUGUAUCAAAACCAGUUUCAGAAGUACGAGCCGGCUCCUUUCUUCGAGGAAGAUGUGAAGGAUGUUGUUGUUGCGGACGAUGGCCCUUUAAUGGCGCCAUGGGUUACGAAAGCUGCUCUUACACGAACUAUUGGAGAGGUCUUCUUUCAUGCCGGUUUCGAGGAGUUCCAGCCUAGCGCUAUCGACGUCGUGGCAGAUCUCACCGCAGAUUUUUUCAAGAAUCUUGUCUCAAAUUUUAGUAAUUACCUUACCGAGGAGAAAAUCAGCGUUCCUGUCGAGGAAGUGGUCCCAGCUACGCUGCCACGACCAACAGCGACAGUCAACAAAGACCAGAAAACAGUCCUCCGACCUGCGGUCAACAAUGAGGAAGCCAUCCUGCAUGCACUGCAUGAGAGUGGCCUUUCUAUCAACGACCUUGAUUACUAUGCUCAUGAGGAGAUGGAUCGUACGAGCACGAAACUUCAGACCAUGUUCGACCGUAUGCGUAGCCAUUAUGCCGACCUGCUCAAGCCUGCGAUGUCCGAUGAUACCGCCACAGGCAGCGGCUCAUUUGAUUCUGGAGAGCAGUACGUUGGAGGUGAUUUUGCAGAUGACCUUGGUGAAGACUUCUUUGGCUUCAAAGAGCUUGGACUCGAUAAGGAGUUUGGCCUUGUCAAUCUGUCUGUACCCUUGCACUUGCUGCACAACAGGCUUUCCACCGCCGCACAACAAGCUAGCAAUACUGGUGAUACCACAGAAAAGAUCUUUGUGCCGCCGCCACCAUACCCACGAGUCAAUGUUGAGAACAUCGAGCGCGAGGUCGGGUUGGUUAGGGAGCACUUCCGGAAACUUCUCAAGCAAAACGGUGACAGGCCACUGCCCGAGGACCAGGACUUGCCUGUCAAACAAAGGAAGGGAUAUGGGAGAGCACGUGUUCCUGCCACGGGCAAGAUCGAGGGCAAGGCCGUGGGAGGCAGUCCCCAGAAGAAAGCUCCCGCUUCAACUUCGAAAUCCGACACAAAAGCAGUCAAGCUCUCCCUCACCAAUGGCCUCAAGAAAGACGACCAGAAAGGUCGGAAAGACAGCACUACCAGCAAAGCUGGGGACGUUAACAUGGCCGAUGCUGACGCAGACGCAGAACCAGACCUGGACGUCGAAGUCGACGGCGUCAACGACGAAGAUGAGCAGAAUGGACCACCAACACCCAACCAGGAGCCAGAUGCAAGCCCCGAGAAGAAGACACCGAGCAAGACUAACCUCAAGCAACGGCCUGGUGACAUCCGCAAGAACAGCUCAGUUUCGGUGACCAUGCAAAGGCAGGACUCCGGCCAAGACCGCAGGGACAGCAUGACGAACGGCGACUUUAGUGCGUUCGUCAAUGGAAUGGAUAGUCCGCCACCAAGCGCGCAUGGAAGCGAGGAUAAGAACACUACUAGUAGCGCUAAGAAGAAAAAGGGUAAGGCCAAGGACAAGGGUAAUGAUGAUGGUAUGAUCAGUCCGGAGAGCUUGUAA